CCGCCCGCGCGUGCGCCCGCGGCGCGAGCGCGAGUCCCUGGCGACGGGGCGGCCCCGGCGGAGAGCGGGACACGGGGACACACACACGGACACGGGGACACGGGGAUACACUGACACGGCGGCCCCGUCCCGCCCCGCCGCCAUGGAGCACGGCCAGCAGGAGGAGGAGGAGGCGGAGGAGCGGGUUCCGGGCACGGAGCCGUGGUUCCAGCUGGCAGCAGAGGUGGAGAGCAGCAGUUCCAGCAGUGCCCUGGGCCUGGGCAGUGCCAGGAGGGACCUGUCCGAGUGCCCCACGCUGGAGGAAGGGCUGCUGCCCUCAGCAGAGGCUUCUCCUGGAGCUCCAGCCCCUGCCUCGCCGCUGGAUGUCCAGGACAGCAGAUUCUCCCCGUGCCUGCCGCUGCUGCUGAGCCCGGGCCCUGCUGAUACCUUCCUGCAGGGCUCCCAGCUGGAUUUCCUUCCCCUCAGAGGAGUCCCGGACGUGUCUGGAGCAUCCCUGGGGCCUUCAGAGCCUGCCCACGUCUGUGGAGGUGCCUCCCCGAGGGACCCAGCCCUGCCCUCUUCAUGCCAGCAUCCCCAGCCCCGGGCACACACAGAUCCCAGAGCUGCUCCCCUGUGUGGGCAGGGCCGUGGGGACAGGGACAGUGGCACCCAGCAGGAGGGUCCAGCACCCCGCAGCAGGGGGGACCCAGCACGGCCAGCCCCAGAGGAGGGGCUGGGAAAGGGGCUGGAGCAGCCCUGGAGCACAGCGGGGAAGGGUGGACACCCCAGUGGACAUUCCUCUGGACACCCCAGUGGACAUUCCAAUGGACAUUCCUCUGGACACCCCAGUGGACAUUCCAAUGGACAUUCCUCUGGACACCCCAGUGGACAUUCCUCUGGACACCCCAGUGGACAUUCCUCUGGACACCCCAGUGGACAUUCCUCUGGACACCCCAGUGGACAUUCCCGUGGACACCCCAGUGGACAUUCCAAUGGACAUUCCUCUGGACACCCCAGUGAACAUUCCUCUGGACACCCCAGUGAACAUUCCUGUGGACAUUCCUCUGGACACCCCAGUGGACAUUCCUCUGGACACCCCAGUGGUCACUCCAAUGGACAUUCCUCUGGACACCCCAGUGGUCACUCCAAUGGACAUUCCUCUGGACACCCCAGUGGUCACUCCAAUGGACAUUCCUCUGGACACCCCAGUGGACAUUCCUCUGGACACCCCAGUGGACACCCCAGUGGUCACUCCAGUGAACAACUCAGUGGACACUCCAGUGGACAUUCCUCUGGACACCCCAGUGGUCACUCCAAUGGACAUUCCUCUGGACACCCCAGUGGUCACUCCAAUGGACAUUCCUCUGGACACUCCAAUGGUCACUCCAGUGGUCACUCCUCCCAGGGCAGUGGUGGCCCAGCUGCUGGCUCUGAGCUGGCAGAGAGGGACAAGGAGCCACCAGGGCAGGAGGAAUCCUCAUCCUCGGGAAACUCCUCCUAUAAAACUGCACUGACCAAAUUCUCAGAGAGGAGUGAGAGGGGGAUGCAGCAGGAAGAGGUGAAAGUGGCUGGGAGUGGAGCAGGAGUCCUGGAGGAGCAGGAAGAAGGAAAGAAGGCGUCUGAGCUUGGUUUGUCCAAUGAUUUCUCUGAUGGCUUGAGGAGAAGGCGUUCUGGAAGCUCGGGUGCCGAGGAUGCUCCUGGUGCAGCAGCUCCUGGGCCAGGCACAGCAGGGCUGGGGCUCAGUGGCGCUGAGGGGCUCGUGGGGGAGCUGCAGGGAGCUCUCCUGAGCCACCAGCAGGAGCAGCCAGCAGGGCAGGGCAGAGAGGAGCUGGUCCCUGCUGUGGCCUGCAGCCAGCCCCAGGGCACUGCCAUGGACGCUGCCCCGUGCCCUGGGGGCUCCCCAGGGGGAGCGGAGCCUGCGGGGAGCAGGGAGGAGCUGACUGCCUCUGACCUCUCCAUAGAGAGGGGACACAAAGCCUCAGAGAUUUCCCCAUCCUUCAGCCUGGGACCUGAGGGCUCAUUCUGCCUGCACCUGGCUCGCCCCAACUUCCAGUCCACUCCAGGGGUGUUCCUCAGGAGGACUGGGGGUGCCGAGGGGCGUGGAGCCCUGCUGACCCCUCCAGACCUCCAGGCCUCUCCGUGCUGCUCAGGUGAAGAAGCCCCAGGGAGGGCCCCUGGCCCCGGAUGCCCUGGGGAGCAGCAGCCUGCCCAGAGCGCUGUGGAGGAAAUCCAUGAGCAUUUGGAGUCCCUGAGGCUGGCAUCCCCCUGCCCUGGGGAGCAGCAGCCUGCCCAGAGCGCUGUGGAGGAAAUCCAUGAGCGUUUGGAGUCCCUGAGGCUGGCAUCCCCCUGCCCUGGGGAGCAGCAGCCUGCCCAGAGCGCUGUGGAGGAAAUCCAUGAGUGUCUGGAGUCCCUGAGGCUGGGAUCCCCCUGCCCUGGGGAGCAGCAGCCUGCCCAGAGCUCUGUGGAGGAGACCCGUGAGUGUCUGGAGUCCCUGAGGCUGGGAUCCCCCUGCCCCGGCAGGCUGCAGUCCUUCCCAUCACUGGGGUUCCUGGAGAAGGUGGGAGCCUGGAAUGUGAGCCAGGCAGAGCAGGUGCCUGCUGCUGCCAGCCCCGGUGUCCUAGCUGGAUCUCCUCCUGCCAGGAACGCCUCCAGUGCCCCCGCCAGGGCUCCCAGCUGUGUUCUGCCAGGACAGAAAAGCCCCAGAGGGGCCCAGGGCUGUGCUGCUCCCUGCUCCAGGGAGACAGGCUCCCUGGGAACGCUGCAUUUCCCCCACAGACACCUCGUGCGUGCCCCGGCGCUGAGCAGGUCCCAGUCUGAGCCCCUGAACGUCUGCAGCAGGAGCAGAGCCCUGCCCGGGGCCACCCCGGCAGCAAACGCCUCAGAGGCCCUGCAGGCUGCAGGGGACGGGAGCCCUGCCCUGGGGGGCUCUGGCAGCCCCUCCAGAGCCUGCACCACUCCAGAGGCUCUCCCUGCAUCCCCUGCCGAGGAUGUGGGCAGCGGUGCAAGGCGAAGCUCAGCCCCAGACGUGUUUGUGUGCAGAGGUGCUCAGCUCCUUCAGCAGGGUGGGAGCGCCCCUGCUGAUGGGCACAGAGUCUGCCAGGAAAAGGAAGAUCAGUCCCUCAGCCUGGAUAUUCCCACUGGUCACAGCCUUGGAGCCAUUUCCUUGGAGAGUCUGAAUUUCCCUGUGGGUUCUGGGGAGCCUCAGGGGGCCCCGGGCUCUGCUGGGGGCUCCCUGGUGGUGCCCAGGCACGGCCCCAGUGCAGGAGAGGACAGCUCCAUCCCCCCUGGAGCAGCGCCGGAGACUCCCAAGAAAGAAGAGUUCAAUAUUGAGGAAAGGAUCCCGGUGUACCUGCGGAACCUGGGCAUCGAGCAGUCCCCUGGCACGCUGCUGGCGCCCUUCCUGCCGCGGGGGCCGCUGCGGGAGCUGGAGUUCUCCCCCUGGAGCCUGCGGGAUCCCCCGGGCACGCUGGCCAGGCUGCCCCCGCGGGCACAGGGUACCCUGCUGCCAGCCUUCGAGAUGUCACCAGCCACCUCUGGCUCCCCCGUGUCCCCACUGAGCGUGUCCCUGGCCCUUGGGGGGUCCCCUGUGGGCUCCGAGGGGGGGCUGUCCCCCCAGGAGCUGUGCUCGGGGGACCUGUCCCUUGCCCUGGGCUCCCAGGCUGCUUUGGAUGGGCUGUCCCUUGCCCUGGGCUCCCAGGAUGGCUCAGGGGGGCUGUCCCCCCAGGAGCUGUCCCCCCAGGACCUGUCCCCCCAGGACCUGUCCCCCCAGGAGCUGUGUCCCUGCUCCCCCCCGCUCUCUGCAGAGCCCCCAGGCAGGCAGGGCAGGGUUGGGGGUCCCCAGCUGCAGGGGGCUGCCCCAGGCUGCCCAGCCCGGGGGGCACAGGGGUCCCCUGGGGCAGGGCAGGACCGUGCCCGCUGCUCCUCGGGCAGGGAGAGCCCCCGGGCCGGGGGCAGAGGUGCCGGGGAUGCCCUGGCUGAGUGCAGGAGCUGGGGCAGCCUGCAGGGAUGGGCUGCUGGGGCUCUGUGUGCAGCUGGGGAUGAGGGGGAGUUAGACAGAGCGUCCCAGAGCUCCGGUGUGGGCAGUGGGAGCAGCCAGGGAAGGGAUUCCCUGAUGGGCUCUGGGGCCCUGCAGGACCUGCGGGAGCUGCUGGCACAGGCAGAGGAGCUCGCUGCCAGCUGGAGCCACCCUGCCCUCCCCGGAGCCUCCUGCAGGGAGGCUGGGGAGCCUCCCCCGGGGCUGCCCAGGCAGGAGGAUCCCAGGACAGGGAGAGACUGGGUCCCUGAGCUGCAGAGGAGGCUGUCGUGGGAUGAGGCUGCAGCCCAGCGCGGUGUGUGGGGACAGGGGCUGCUGAAACCUGCCCUGGGUGCUGCCAGCUUGGGGUGGGGAGACCCUCUGGGUGCCAGCUGGGAGCGCAGGGAGGGGCUGGAGGGAACGGCCCGGGAGCCAGGGGCAGGAAAACCCACGGGAAGGUGGGAGCCAGAGGGGAGCAGCAGUGCGACCACGGACAGGAACCAGGCUGGGCAGGAGCCGGCAGGGCUGGCACAGAGCAGUGCCAGCAGCGACCUCAGCAUUGGGACAGCCCCAGAGCGGGGCCAGCCUGAGCCCCUGGAGCCCCUGGAGCCCCUGGGCAUUGCUGGGCCAGCCCCAGAGCAGGGCCAGCCUCCUCCCCUGGGCAGUGUCCCCCUGGGCAGUGUCCCCCGGGGCAGUGUCCCCCGGGGCAGUGUCCCCCGGGGCAGUGUCCCCCGGGGCAGUGUCCCCCUGGGCAGUGUCCCCCGGGGCAGUGUCCCCCCGGUGCCGGGGAGCUCCCGGGGCUCCCUGUGCCAGGCUGGCGUGGCAGGGGGCAGCAAGGGCAGCAGCAGCAGCAGCAGUGGGGAUUCCCUCAGUGCCCGUGUCCGCAGCCUCCUGGGGCAGUCUGGCAGGGCCCCGGGGGUGCCCCAGGGCAGCGUGCCCAUGGCCGGGGCUGCCAGGGCGCGGGCAGGCAGCGGCAGCAGCAGCAGUGGGGAUUCCCUCAGUGCCCGCGUCCGCAGCCUCCUGGGCACGGCCUGCCCCGGCCCCGAGGCCAGCAGGAUCCUGAGGAGCGCGGAGGAGCAGGAGAGGAAGAUCCGAGCCUGGGUGAAGCUGAAACUGGCCAGCCAGUGCCAGGAGUCUGGGCCAGACUGGGAUGAAGAGACCCAGCACAGGAUGGAGGGAAUGAAGGCAGAGCUGCUCCCAAAGACCAGGAAAGCUGCACAAGCCAAGGAUCCGUGGCCCUGUGGUUUGGAAGCAGGCUCUGAGCAUCUGAGGAAGCAGGAGUGGGCCCUGGAGCGUUGCCAGGCUCCCAGCUUUCCCAGGGGUGGGCACAGACAGCCCUCCAGGCCCCGGGAGCUCUUCAAGCCCGGCUCUCCACCAGCAGUGCCCUUCCCUAGAGCUGAUCCCUGGGACUGCUCCCUGCUGCAGGGCCUGCAGCUGAAGCCCUGGAACACUGCUGGGCUGCAGGACAGGCAGCUGAAGCCCUGGAACACUGCUGGGCUGCAGGACAGGCAGGUGAAGCCCUGGAACACUGCUGGGCUGCAGGACAGGCAGCUGAAACCUUGGGACACUGCUGGGCUGCAGGACAGGCAGCUGAAACCUUGGGACACUGCUGAGCUGCAGGACAGGCAGCUGAAACCCUGGAACACUGCUGGGCUGCAGCAGAUGCAGCAGGACCCCCAGAACACUGCUGGGCUGCAGCAGAUUCAGCAGGACCCCCAGAACACUGCUGGGCUGCAGCAGAUGCAGCAGAACCCCCAGAAUGCUGCUCAGAUUCAGCAGGACCCCCAGGACGCUGCCGAGCUGCGAGUGUGCAGCCAGCCCCCGGCCGUGGGAAGUGCUGGUGCCAUGGCAGAGCUCUGUGCCCCUCUGGGGACAGGGGGCCCUGCAGCUGCCCCCUGUGCCCACGGGGAGCUGUCCCCGCCAGCCCCGGGGCUGGGGCAGGGCCAGCCGAGCACGCCCAUGGCCCUGUGCUCCCAGAGACACCCGCCUGCCCCUCCGGGGACCCUGGCACGCAGCCCCAGCCCCGGCAGGGCUGGGCCAGGGGGGAUCCUGCCUGGGGCAGCUCCCAGUGCCCGCCCUGGGGAGGAGAGGCUGGGCACAGAGCCCUGGCACAGGUCCCAGAGCUGUGCCCCCAUUGCUGGGGCUGUCCAUGCCGCAGAGGUGCCUCCUGUCCCUGCUGGCGGUGCCAGGGCUGCAGCUCCUCAGGAACCAGCCCGGGAGCCCGGCAGUGCCCGCGCCAGGAGCAGGCAGAGCCUGGGGGCAGAGCAGCCCCGGUUUGUGCCCGCAGCGGUGGCCGAGUGUGAGAGUGACACCGAGGGGCACGGACACAGUGCCAGGGCCAGGGGGGCCAGCCGGGAGCUGGGCCCGGAGGGUGAGCCCUGCUCCCUUGGCCCACCCCAGCACGGGCACAGCCCGGCUGCCCCCAGGCACCUCCGGGAGGGCUCCCCCGGCCCCGGCCCUGCUGCACGGGCAGCCUUGCUGAGGAGCCCUGCUGAGGGGCUGGCGGAGGGCAGGAAAAGCCCUGAGGAGCCGCCUCUGGUUCCAAGAGAGCCUGUGAGGGAACAGAGGGAGGCUUCAGCUGCAGACGAGGCUUUGUCCACCACGGCUGAGGCCCCCUCGUCCCCGGUGAGGAGAUUCCUGAGCUGUGUGCACAUCACCCUCUCCUCCCGGGCCGGUCCCUCCGAGCUGCGCCGCGCCGGGAGCGGGGACAGGCUGUGGGACAAACCUCGGGCAGGGACUCAGGCAGUGCCUCUGGAAGCAGCCCCAGGAGCUUCAGUGGAAGGGGUUCCUGAGCUCCCUGCUGCCCAGGGCAUGGCACAGGAGCCCAGCCCAGCGGUGCCAGCGGCCCCAGCACAUCCCAGCCGGGUGCUCUCCUCCAGGCAGGAGCUGCAGGGCAGGGCUGGAGCCCCACGCUCGGGGGCUCAGGGCACACAGGGGACCCCCAGCUCUGCCAAACCUGCCAGGAGGACUUCUGAUGCUGCCACCCAGAUCACCACGGAGAGCCCCACCAAAACCAUCUUCUCAGCAGAGGUGUGUGUUGAUCCCCGGGAGGGGGGAGCUGCUGCCCAGCAGCCGUCACCCCCCGACGCCCCUGGAGUUCCCGGCGUUACAGCUCCAUCCCACACGGAGAUUCCUCCCUUCCCAAGGCAGCCUGCCCAGCCCUUGCUGCUGCCGUACAAACCCUGGGGAAGCAGUGCCUUGUAUUAUGUGCCCUACCAGAAACCAGCAGCCACCGUGUCCCCAGAGGAGUCCGGGGCCAGCGCAGACAGCUCCUGCUCAGGGCCAGAGGAUGCUGCUGCUCCCGGGAUCCUGGCCCGAGUGCUGGGGGUGAGGGACGAUCCCCCUGCAGCCAGGGCAGCUGCCCAGCACAGAGGGGCUGGGCCUAAGCAGAGGACACCUCUGGAACAGCCUUCAGAGUUCGCAGAUGGUUCCGGGUGUGUGACCCCCGCCUGGCUGCCCGUGCCCGGCGCGAUGCCCGCGGGUGGGAGCCGGGGUCCCCGGGGGCAGAGGGAGUUCUUUGCUCUGGCUGCAGAGGCCGAUGACAGCAGGAACGAGGAGCUGAGUGCCAGCACGUCCUGUGGGCACGGGGCAGCGGGGACAGAGCUGCCCCAGGGAGCUGCGGGGACAGAGCUGCCCCAGGGAGCUGCGGGGACAGAGCUGCCCCAGGGAGCUGCUGGAAGGGAUCCCCUGCCCCAGGGAGCUGCUGGAAGGGAUCCCCUGCCCCAGGGAGCUGCUGGAAGGGAUCCCCUGCCCCAUGGCCGAGCAGCAAACGUCGAUGAGAGCGCGGGGAAAGCGCCGCAGCAGAGAAGCCACGCCAGGGGCAGCCUGGAUGAGCUGUGGGUGAAGUUCCUGGAGCGCCAGAGGGGACAGCAGCAGCAGCAGGACGGCAGCAGGGGCGCCCAGCUGUCCCUGGUGGAGCGCCUGGAGCGGCUGGCCAGGCUCCUGCAGAGCCCCGUCAGGCACGCCCUGGCACCCGCAGCAGCCACGGAGAAGGGUCCCGGGGAGGAAACCCCGGCGAGGGGACGGCCAGAAACACACCCAGCAGGAACAGCCCGCUCUGGGAGCAGCACGGAGCCCAGGGGAGCACGAGUGGCAGAGGGGCCGUGGGUGAGCCACGGCACUCACGGCCUGCAGGAGCCCAGGGAGGGCAUCCAGCCCCUGGACAGCAUCCGGGAGGAGCAGCAGCACCUGGAAACGGCGAGUGACAGCGCCUCGGAGAGCAGGCUGAGCACAGAGCCCAGCACCUGCAGCACCUGCAGCACCUGGCGCUGGGACACGGCCACCCUGGCAGGGCUGGCCACCGCCCCUGCCUCGGGGGACAGCAGCUCCCUGUCCCUGUCCACCAUCGACACGGCCAGGCUGUGCCGCGCCUUCGGGCACCACAGGCUGGGGCUGGCCCCGCAGCCGUCCCCAAAGCUGUCCCCGAGGCUGUCCCCGAGGCUGGCGCAGCUCUACGGAGCCAUCAGGCAGCAGAAGAGGCGCUUGGAGCAGUGGGAGGAGGAGAUUGUCACCACAGGGGCCGGGGGACGUCCCCAGGGCGCUGCCGAGAGCCUCGGGAAGGGGCAGCAGGGCCAGAGCACUGUCCCCUCCUGCUCGGACACCAGCAGCAGCCCCUGGGGGCCCAGCGCCGCCCUCAGCAGCAAGCGACGGCCUCGGAUGCGGAACAAAGGGAUCCAGGCAGGAGAGCUGGAGAUCGUCAGCAGCGCCACCAGGAGGCACACCCGGGACGUGGGGGUGACCUUCCCCACGCCCAGCAGCAGCCAGGGCCAGCGCCAGCCCCGGGCAGCGCCAGCGGGGGCCGGGCACCAGCAGCGGGCACGGCCGGACACACGGACACGGAGGGACAGGCUGCGCCUGCUGCAAGGGUCUCCGUGGCUCGUCCCAGCAGAGGACCUCAAAUGUGAAUCGAGGAAAGAGAACCAGUCGAGUGCCCCUCCUGGCCCUGGGCCAGCCUGGUUCGAGCCCUGGAGCAGCAGGAAGCCCUGGAGAGAGCCCCUGAGGGAGAAGAACUGGGAGGAGCAGCCCAGGCUGGCCCAGGGAGCAGCUGCAGCCCCGGGGGCUGGCAGGGAGCUGGGGCAGCCCCUGGGCAAGCUGACGCUGCAGGAGGCCCUGGCCCUGCACCGCCCCGAUUUCAUCCGGCGCUCGGGGCAGCGCCUGCGGCACCUGCGGCGGCUCCGCGAGCAGAGGAGGCUGCAGGGGAGGCUGCAGGGGAGGCUGCAGGGGAGGCUGCAGGGGGACCAGCUGCUGCCAUGCCAGGAGGAGCAGCUGCUGCAGCCCCAACAGCUGCUGCAGCCCGCAGGGAGGAGGAAGGACUGCAGGACUGCCGAUCACCCGCUGCCACACCGAGGUUUCCUGAUGAAAGAAAAGAGAAGAGCAAUUCCCAAGAGUGAAAUGUUUCAAAGAUCUAAAAGGAUCUACGAGCAGCUCCCCGAGGUGCGGAGGCGGCGGGAGGAGGAGCAGAGGAGGCAGGAGUACAGCUCCUACCGCCUGCGGGCCCAGCUCUACAAAACUAAAAUCACCAGCCGUGUCCUGGGGAAGAAGGUGUCCUGGAGCUGACGGAGCAGCGCAGAGCAGCGCGUGUGGGACAAGGAGCAGCACUAAAGGCUUCUGCAGCUCCACUCUGUGCUCGUGGGUCACUUUAGUGCUCAUUCAUCCUGUCCUAGCAGGAGUCAGGGAUCUGGGGGAGUGUUAGGGUUUUAAAUAAAAAGCUGGGUUUUUAUAGUGGGGUUAGGCACUUCCAGGGGAAACAGAGUGUGGAAAAACUUGGUUCAUAAUAUAUUUAUAGCUCCUUGAUUGGAAUAGCAGUUUUAUAUAUUUAUUUUCAAUGGGUUUUAACGAGGAUUUUUAAAGUUUUUUUAAUUCCUGUCUCAGUGUAGAAAAUUCACUUGUUUUGUACUGCAGAACCCCUUCAAUAAAACAGCUGGGUUGCAAUAAGUGCUGCAGCUGUGUUUGUGCAGGGACAGGAGGGGCUGGGCAGACCCAGCUCUGGUGGUGGUGGGAGCUUUCAGGCCUUUCCUGGAGAAUCCCCUCUUGGAUGGCUCUGUCCUGCCAGGGCCCCUGGCUGUGCCUGCAGCACGGAGGGGAUGCAGCGGGAGAUGAGGGUGUGAAAUGCUGGAGCUUCAGUUUGAUCCAACCAUCACUGAGCAGUUCAUGGAUGGAUAAACAGGAAAAGACAUCUGAGGAGAGCACAGGGGGUGUGAGCUGAGGCCUCCUGUGUCCACUGCUUCUGUCUGUGGCAAUUCAGUUCAGAGACAGCUGGGAGGGAAAAGGCAGUGCUGGGAGGGCACC